ACACGGCUGUGCGGUGGCAGCAGGCAGCGUCAGCAGGCAGAGGACACACUCAGAUCAACCAGUAAUCACCAUCGUCUCUCUCACACUGCCAUGGUUCUCUCCGACCGAAACAAGACCAAAAAAAGAAAAGAGAAACACACCAGCGGCUCUUGCUAUCUCUUCCCCCUCUCCCCGGGAGUGAAACUUUAAAGCCGCGAGGAGCCGCCGCCAUGCUGCUGGAUGCCGUAUAAGCGACAUUGAAGACCAGAAAGUAGAAAGCCUACCACCACACGGAAACCACAAAGAAGAAGCAGUUUUUUUUUUUUUUUUGUUGUUGUUUUUUUCACGCUCGGAGGGAAAGACGGCAUCCGGCCUGAGAAGAAGCUCCGAGGUCGGGGACUCCGGUCGGAGCAACGCUCAUCGUUUCUGGCCUCCCCUUCCCGAGAGCUCCAUGGAGAAGAUGAAGCGCUUCAAGCGGCGCCUCUCUCAGACACUACGAGGCAGCCACACCAUUGACGAGUCGCUAUCUGAGCUGGCUGAGCAGAUGACCAUCGAGGAGAACGGCCUGAAGGACAGCGAGCCCAUAGUGAGGAAUGGCCGUCCUCCGUCAGCCCACAGUGUCCACUCCUUCCUCCACCAGUACACAGGCUCCUUUAAAAAGCCGCCGCGACGGCCUCAGAGCGUCAUCGGAGGAGGCCUGGGCUCUCUCAUGGUCAUGCCUCGCAACAGCAGUCGCCUCGAUAUCGUCCAUGAGAACCUGAAGAUGGGGUCUGAUGGGGAGAGUGACCAGGCGUCGGGGACUUCGUCUGAUGAGGUGCAGUCGCCCACGGGUGUUUGUCUGAGGAACAGAGGGAACAGACGCAUCUCUGCAGAGGACUUGAACAAACGUCUGUCCCUGCCGGCCGACAUCCGGAUACCCGACGGUUACCUGGAGAAGCUGCAGCUGAGCAGCCCUUCCUUCGACCAGCCGCUGAGCCGACGCUCCCGCAGAGCAUCACUGUCAGAAAUUGGAUUUGGGAAGUUGGAGACCUACAUCAAACUGGACAAACUAGGGGAGGGCACAUAUGCAACAGUCUUCAAGGGGAGGAGUAAGCUGACAGACAACCUUGUGGCGUUGAAGGAGAUCAGGCUGGAGCAUGAAGAGGGGGCGCCAUGCACAGCUAUCAGAGAAGUGUCGUUACUGAAGGACCUGAAACACGCCAACAUUGUGACGCUGCACGACAUCGUCCACACAGACAAGUCGCUCACGCUGGUCUUCGAGUACCUGGACAAAGACCUCAAGCAGUACAUGGACGACUGCGGGAACAUCCUGAGCAUGCAGAAUGUCAAGAUCUUUCUGUAUCAGAUCCUGCGAGGCUUAGCGUACUGUCACAGACGCAAAGUCCUCCACAGAGACCUGAAGCCCCAAAAUCUGCUCAUCAACGACAGAGGAGAACUCAAAUUGGCUGACUUUGGCCUGGCAAGGGCCAAGUCUGUGCCCACUAAAACAUACUCUAACGAGGUGGUAACGCUUUGGUAUCGGCCUCCCGACGUACUGCUGGGCUCCUCCGAAUACUCCACACAGAUAGACAUGUGGGGUGUGGGCUGCAUAUUCUAUGAGAUGGCUGCCGGCAGGCCGCUGUUCCCAGGCUCCACAGUGGAGGACGAGCUGCACCUCAUCUUCAGGCUGCUAGGCACUCCCACAGAAGACAGCUGGCCUGGAAUAUCCUCUAUCGACGAGUUCAAGUCCUACAAGUUCCCCAAGUACAAGCCCCAGCCCCUCAUUAACCACGCACCCAGGUUGGACACAGAUGGCAUUGACCUGCUGAUGUCAUUCCUAAAAUACGAGUCGAAAAAGAGGAUCUCUGCUGAUGAAGCAAUGAGACAGCCGUACUUCAGGAGCCUGGGGCCACGUGUGCACACACUGCCAGAGAGCAUAUCUAUAUUCACGCUGAAGGAGGUCCAGCUGCAGAGAGAUCCCGGCUACCGGAACUCAUCGUACCCUGAGUCAGGCAACGGAAAGAGCAGAAGACAAAGCAUGCUGUUUUAGAUUCUUCGGACUGUAUUUUUUUUAUUUUGGAAGGAUCUCCUAGCUGUACAGUCUCGCCGAUGGAUCAGUAACUUGAGAUGAAUGUUGGCAUGGAGCAUCAUCAUUGUCAUCAUCCACCCCCCCACCCCCCCGAGACUACUUGGGGAAACCUGUGUCCACAGUGCGACCGACCCCCCUUUGCAGGUUUGGCCUGAACCUGGCCCAAAAGAGACAUUUAUAUACUGUACAUCUAUAUUUAUUGAGAAGAGAAUUUGCUGCUAAAUACAACUACUGUCUAGAAUUCUAACUGGCUCAGUCACUUUAAUGAGUACAUGCAAUGUGUAUAGAUUUUUAAUUAUUUUUUUUCUUUUUGAAGUGGUAUUUUUAGUGAUGUUUUUUUGUCAUUAUUUCCAUUUUCAUACAUACAAAACUCCACCUCAUAGCUCAUCAGUGUGUGUGCGUGUGGAUGUGUGAGGCACAAACAGAAGGAUGUUUCUGUAGCAACUCAAAAGGGUUUUGAUUUUCUGUCUCUGUUUCCACAGUGCUGUUCUCAUGCUGCACUCAUCAUUUAUGACCAUUUAUUCUGAAGGUUUUUGAGGCUAGCUUCGGUGGAAUGGAUCAUUUUAUCCUAACUGGAGGCUUAUAUGAGAGCAGUGCUGCCAAACUCUGCAAAAAAAAAAAAAAAAAAAAGGAUCACAUUCUUGUCAGAUGCUGGCAUAUCAUUCCAGGAUGCUGUGGUCUUGUCGUGACCAAUGAACAAAUGCAAGGGGGGAGGGGGGGCAACAUGGAGUUAUUAACAAGGGCAUUAUAGGAUUAGUUACGCCUCUUUACAUUUUUUAGAAAAUAUUUAACUACAGUGAACAACCUUCUCAUCCUUUUCCAUCUCACCUAACUAUUAUCUCCUCCCAUCUGUUACAAAGAGGAGGUGCAAAGUGAAUUCCCAGUGUUGAAAGCUGCCUUUGUGCAUUACAGAUGUGUUCUCCUUUCUGCCAUUCCCAUCUCCAUCAACUUUAGACAUUGAUCCUUUUUUUUGAUUUUUAGGAUUGCCUCCAUCAUUGUGUUGCAUGCCUGAUCGGUUGUAUGAGGAAGCACACAGCCACUGAACUCCUAAUUCAGGGAGCACUAGCUAUAGUCCUGCCCCUAGUGAAUCGAUACUGAGUCACAGUCUGUUUAACAGUGUUACAAGAGAUGUUUUGUAUGAUAUUCUUUAACUUUAUUUGUGAAUAAUUGUUAUUGGUGUGGGAUUUUCGUUGCAGAUGCCCUCCCAUAUUUGAGCUUUUUUUUUUCCAGAGUAAAGAAAAUAAAAUCUAAAGUUUAAACAUAAA